AUGCACCGCCACGGCUACGCCAACGGAUACGCUGGCUACAGCACGGGCGGGCAGCAGACCUUUCAUAUCGAGCCUCACAAGUUUCAGCCGCGCUCAACACCCGCGCAGCGAAGACGUCGGCAAUUGUUCGUGAGAAUAGGCAUUCUCGCCGCCGUCAUCGUUGGUUCGCUCUUCCUUUUUUCUUCAGGCUUCAGGACAGCCGUCGGACCUGUCCUGACGCUCGGCCUGUUCUCCUCCGCACCCGAUUUCCAGCUCGAGACCGUUCGCUACUACGACCUCAACAAUGUACAAGGUACGGCGCGUGGCUGGGAAAGAGAGGAACGCAUCCUGCUCUGCGCUCCGCUGAGAGAUGCCGCGCCGCAUUUGCCCAUGUUCUUCGGUCAUCUACGGAACUUGACGUAUCCGCACAACUUCAUCGAUUUGGCGUUCUUGGUUGGUGAUUCGAAGGAUGAAACACUCGAGCUGCUUUCUGGGCUACUGGAGGAACUGCAAGCAAACGAGGACCCCACGCAACAAUUCGGAGAGAUCUCGAUCAUGGAGAAGGACUUUGGUCAAAAGGUCAACCAGGACGUGGAGAGCAGACACGGCUUUGCAGCGCAGGCCGGCCGGAGAAAGUCCAUGGCUCAAGCGCGUAAUUGGUUGUUGAGCGCAGCUUUGCGGCCUACGCACAGCUGGGUCUACUGGCGCGACGUGGACGUGGAGACCGCGCCGUUCACAAUCCUGGAGGACCUCAUGCGCCACAACAAGGACAUUAUCGUACCGAACGUGUGGCGACCUCUUCCAGAUUGGCUCGGCGGAGAGCAGCCCUACGACCUGAACUCUUGGCAAGAAUCUGAAACCGCUCUUGCUCUCGCUGAUACCCUCGACGAAGACGCGGUCAUUGUCGAAGGCUACGCAGAAUAUGCGACGUGGCGUCCCCAUUUGGCCUACUUGCGCGAUCCUUACGGAGAUCCUGAUAUGGAAAUGGAAAUUGACGGUGUUGGCGGUGUUAGUAUCUUGGCUAAGGCUAAGGUCUUUCGUUCUGGUGUGCAUUUCCCAGCCUUCAGCUUCGAGAAGCACGCGGAAACCGAGGGCUUUGGCAAAAUGGCAAAGAGAAUGAAGUACUCGGUUGUUGGACUUCCUCACUACACCAUUUGGCACUUGUAUGAGCCGAGUGUUGACGACAUUCGACACAUGGAGGAAAUGGAACAGGAGAGGCUCUCAAAAGCGAAGGAAGAGCAGGACAAGGAGGACCGCCUGAAGAAAUUGAAAGAUACCUUCGAGGUCCCAGCUGAUCAAUGGAGAAAAGACAAGGCCGACAUCCGGAAGAUAGCCAAGGAGGAGUAUAUGGAAAAUGAAAAGCAGGGCAAGAACGACAACUCCGACCAGAAGGACUCUACGGCUCAAACCUCGAAGGACGAUUCUACAAAGGGUGGUGCGGCAAAGGACAGCUCUGCAAAGGAUAGCUCGGCAGCCGACAGUUCGUCUGAGGAUACUCUUGCCAAAGACAGCUCCUCGAAGGAUCAGACUUCGAACAAGGAUCACGCGGAUGUGUCCAAAGCCAAGGCUGAACAUGUCAAAGAGGAACAGGCGAAGAAGAAUCAGGAUGCCGUCGAGCGAGCGAAAGCCGCACACGCAAAACUGGCAGCUGAGAAAGAAGAGGCGGGAGAGACGACGGACAGGAACCAAGUCACGGGAGAGAAGAAAGCAGACGCUCCUCUCGUGAAAGAUGACGGCAAGAAUACUGCCAAGCAGAUUAAAGAUCCACUCGAGUAG